GGCAACGCAGUAGAAAGAAUACAAGAUAUGAAAUGAAUGAGUAUUGACGUGAAUGCGUGUGGAUGAGUAAGAGACAAAGAUAGAUACUAAAACAAUAUGGCAGACUAGACAAACAGUUUUGUAUUUUGUAGAAUGAUUUUUAUCAGUUUCAACUAGAAUAAAGUUUUACAUACACAAUUAUGUGGGUUUAUAAUUAUUUAUAAUGGGAAAUUGUCUACGAAGUAUAUACAAUAUAUACUCGAGAAAAAGGCUUAUUCGAAAGAAUAUUGUUUUAUUAAUGACUGGCCUAGAUAAUGCAGGAAAAACAUCAGUUCUCAACUGUAUUUCUCAUGAUUUUGAUGAGGGAGUUAUAUCAACAAUGGGAUUCCGGGUAGUUCAAUUGAAACAUAAAUGUCACUCAAUAAAAGUUUAUGAUGUUGGUGGAGCUAAGCAAAUAAGAGCAAUAUGGAAAAAAUACUUCAACGACAUACAUGGUCUAAUUUAUGUGGUGGACGCCAGCGAUAUUUCACGAUUAAAUGAAAAUAGAAUAGUAUUUGGCGAAUUAACAUCGCAUGAACAUAUUGCAGGAAAACCAAUAUUAUUAUUAGCAAAUAAACAAGAUGUAAUUGGAGCAAUUGACGAGUUGGAUCUAGUGGAAAAUCUAGAUGUUGAAAAAGCAGUGAAUUCAAUGCGAUGUCCAACAAGAGUAGAAACUUGUGCCUGUGUAUUUAAUGAGAAAAAUUUCAAGCCGAACACUCAGGGAAUUACUGAUGGAUAUAAAUGGUUAUUGGAUACAAUUAUCAAAAAUUAUGCAACACUAGAUGAACGAAUAAAUACAUCUCAACCUACUAUUUCUGUUGUAAAUAAUCAUUCAUGUAGUCGCUCAAAAAGGCCAUCGAUAUCAUCUAUAGCUCUAUCACAUAUAUCUACACAUUCAAAUCCUUUCAAACCAAUUAAUGAGUUAGUCAUGAUUAGUGGAAAAAAUUCAGCAGUCAAAAAUAAUCAUGUUGAAGAUAGAAGAGAAUCGUCAGUAAAAAGUUUUCUAGUCAGAAAUAAAACUGCACCAAUGUCUGAUAAUAUGAUGAUUCCUAGGAGUGACAGCAUAGAAUAUUUUAAUGAGAAUGAAAGUAAUGACGAAGUCGCAUUUGUAACAUUGGAUCCAUUAAAUUUGAUAUCAAAAAGAAUGAAAGAUCAAUCAAGAGCAGUACGACCAUUUACUGCACCAGUAUUAUCACGAAAUGUAAAUACAUUUAUUAUACCAAAUAUACCCGGACAAGUGCCUCUCUAAUGAUAACUUAAGUUAUUUUUAAUUUUAUUAUGAAUUUUGUACCUGUAUCAAAAAUUCAUUAAUAACGACUUAUCAUAAGUACUUAAAAAAUAAAAAUAUCUUCCAUAU